AUGUCGUCCAUUGGCCCGGAGAUCCCAGCUCACAUCCUCGCAGCAGGUGCCACCCGGUCUGAAAGUCUUUCUAGAUCAGAUGCUGAAGGACCAGAACGCCCUCGUACUGGUACAGUGCUAUCUCGAGAAAAGGACGAUGCCCCACGGCCGACUCCUGCUACCGUGAAACCUCCGCCGGACGACGAGGACGACGACGAGGAUGACUACGUGCCGAUGUUACCGCCGGAUCUUGCUGUAUCGAGAGGUGGUGCUGGAGGUUCGAGUACUGCAUCGAAACGACUGGUGGGACCUGCCAUGCCACCUGGUUUCGGCCAGCCCAUGCAUAGCGCGCCUGGGUACGGCGACGAGGACGAUGACGAAGAUGACGAUUUCGGCCCCCGACCUCUUCCUGCGGGCUAUGGCGCAGAAAAGAAGGAUGCGGUGACGGAGUUCAUGGAAAGGGAGGAGCGGAUGAGGAAGGCGGCGGAGGUAAGUCGGGAUCUUACUGAAGCUGCAAAGCCCAAGAAACUGGAACGUGACGAGUGGAUGCUCAAGCCGCCUUCGUCUUCAGGCCUCCUUGCCACUCUCGACCCCACAAAACUCAGCCGACCUCGCAAGUUCAACACGUCUACCAAAACAUCGGGCACGAGAGACACGGACAACUCGCUUUGGACGGAGACGCCCGCCGAGCGUCAGCAGCGGCUCGCCGACGAAGUGUCCGGAAAACGGCGGCGGGUCGAGAACGCGUCGACGAACGACGAGGACGCGGUCAAUGCCGCCAAGAAGGCGAGACGGGACGCGGAGAUCCGGAGGGGCGUCGAAGAGUAUACCCGUACUAGCCGGGGCGACACCCUCCUCGCGAAGCACGCCAAGCGCGAAAACACGACGAAGGAGGAGGAGUUCAAGGGCAUCUGGGACCGCGAUCGCGAUCUGGGCAUGGGCGGUCGACUGAUGGACGACAAGACGCGCAGUCGCAUUAUCAAGGAUUCUGCGGGACUGAAAGAUCGCUUUGGGACGGGGAGCAGUGGUGGGUUCCUGUAGGCUAUCUUACAGAGCGCAAACCUUCGUAGGCGACUUAGAAGGUGUAUGCUGUCAACGCUCGACGAUCUGUCGCGUGGUCGCGAAAAUGCUUGCGUUAUGUACUCGUACUCGUCAUAUCCGUGUUAUUCAGCGAAGUCAAC